UUUUCGCGGUACUCUUCUGUUUCUGAAUGUUUUGUUUUGAAAAUUUCAACUUUAUUAUAAUUUGUGUAGUAAAUAAAUAAUUUACAGUUUAGCUAGUGCAUAAACUAUAUAUCUUAUAAAUAUGACUGUGGGAGAAGCAAAUAAGAAUUUACCUUGGGUAGAGAAGUAUCGCCCCUCAAAGCUUGAAGACCUAGUAUCACAUGAUGAUAUUGUUAAAACAAUUAAUCAGUUUAUGAAAGAAAACCAGUUGCCACAUUUGCUGUUCUAUGGGCCACCGGGGACUGGCAAGACGUCUACAAUCUUGGCGUGUGCCAAGAAGAUGUACACUCCUCAGCAGUUUAAUUCAAUGGUUUUGGAGCUGAAUGCAUCUGAUGAUAGAGGCAUUGGUAUAGUUCGAGGGCAAAUUUUGAGUUUCGCUUCUACCAGAACCAUCUUCAAGGCAGGACCUAAACUAAUCAUCCUGGACGAAGCUGACGCCAUGACCAAUGACGCUCAAAAUGCAUUGAGGAGAAUAAUCGAGAAGUACACGGACAACGUGCGUUUCUGCAUCAUCUGCAACUACCUCGGCAAGAUCAUCCCCGCGCUGCAGUCGCGCUGCACUCGCUUCCGGUUCGCGCCGCUCAACCAGCAGCAGAUCGUGCCUCGGCUUCAGGAGAUCGCCGCCGCUGAGGGGGUGGAGAUGUCAGACGACGGUAUGAAGGCGCUGCUAACGCUCUCUGGCGGCGACAUGCGGAAGGUCCUCAACACGCUACAAAGCACGUGGCUGGCGUACCGCCGGGUUACUGAAGAUAACGUUUACACCUGUGUGGGCCACCCGCUGCGGUCCGACAUCAACUCUAUCAUCAACUGGCUGCUGAAUGAAAACGACUUCUCCGCUUGCUUUAAACACAUUCAAGACUUAAAGAUAACCAAAGGUUUGGCUCUGAGCGACAUCCUGACAGAGGUUCAUACUGUUAUUCAAAGAUCGAAACUGCCGCCAGAGGCGCUGGUGUCGCUGUUAAUCAAGAUGGCGGACGCGGAGGCGCGGCUGGCGAGCGGCUGCAGCGAGCGCGUGGAGCUGGCCGCGCUCAUCGCCGCCUUCCACGUCGCCAGGGACCAGGUUACACUAGACCAGCUGUGAUUUACUUUUAAUUUGCCCAGUACUUAAUUCCGAGAUUUGCCGCGGUAUUUUUUUAAUUUUGUAAUGUAUGUCCUAACGCUUGAAUUUUAGACAAACAUUGCUGUUUUACUAUCACACGUAUAAUCAUUUAAAUAUUGUAAAAAAAUACCUACGAGUCUUCACAACCAGUCCAAAUACGAUUAAUAUUUUUUAUAAGUUUAAGAUGUAGAAACACUCGUUCUUAUUUGAUAAUGCAUUCCUGUUGCUUCGUUCGUUUUAUAUUGAAAAUAAAAAAGAGCAAACAUCGAAUGUG